AUGUCCGACUACCGCGGCGACCCGAGGGGUCACUCGUCCAACUACCAGCGCGAAGCCGCCUACUCUAACAUUUUCGGCGCCAACCCCCCGCCGGGACGUUCGCAGACAAUGACCUCUUCUUCGAUGCCUCCUCAGAUGAUGCAGCAGCAGCAGGGUGGGAGGACGCAGACAAUGUCAUCCUCCAUGUCGUCUAUGCAGCGACAGCCGCCGCCGAGGGUGCCUCAAGGCCAGUACAUGGACCGCGACCCGGGCUCUCCGAGAGGUGCUCCCAUGCAGCCGAAUGGGUACCCGGCUCAACAACGGUCGGCGUCCGGCGGCUAUCAAGUCCCCAACCCGCAAGCACAAUACAUGCAGCAGCAACAGGCUCGCCGCCCGUACGGAGGAUCUGCCGGGCCCGUCCCCCAACGUGACGGAAGGGGGCUACCGCCGUCCCAAGGGCAGUACGGUCCGCCAAGAACGGCGGCACAGCGAUUCUACCAAGGAGCAGGAGGCGCGGCGCCCGCCAUGAAUAACGAUUCUUAUCGCUCACAGUCUCUCGCUUCCGCCCCGAGACCGAAUAUGUAUCAGCCUACUCCAAAUGGAUACGGCUCACAGCCGAGUCACCAGGCCCCGGCCAAUGCUUUCCGCCAUGCUCCGUACAAUCCGAGCUCGUCUCGCACAACAGCACAGGGAAGGGUCGUCCCGGAGCGCCAAGACGAUCGAGCCAUGUCACUGACUGGUUAUCACUCACAGGACCGCGAUAUGCACCAGUACCAAAAUUCCCACCAGACUAUGAGUGGUCGGGUUAUUCCAAACAGGAGGGCGCCCGUGGAAUUGCCGGCCACCAAUGGAAGCUUCAGUGGAAGCUAUACACCAGCGCCAGGGUCACAGACGAGGACCAUGAGCAUGGCUUCUUCGACCGGCGACCCGAACAAUCAGAGGACGAUGUCGAUGGCGUCUACGGUGGCACCAACGAUAACGCCUUCGGAGAGCGACGCGACCCUGGCGCACAGGCCUUCUAUGAGCAAGUCCAUCGACGGUGAACGGCCUCCAACUGGCAAAAUCCGACCCCCUUUGGUCUAUCCCGCACUGUUAUCGCGAGUUGCCGACUGUUUCCGGCAGAAAAUCAUUAUAGGCGACCGGACGAAGAACGAGCUCACGUAUAAGAACGCCUUCAGCGGUGCCGAAGCUGUGGAUGUCUUGUCGUACAUUAUUAGAACGACAGACAGGAAUCUGGCGCUGCUGUUGGGACGAGCCCUCGAUGCCCAAAAGUUCUUCCACGACGUCACUUACGAACACCGCUUGCGAGACUCCACGUCAGAGAUGUACCAAUUUAGAGAAACUCUGAUGGAAGAAACGGAAGAGAGGCCUGCAGUCGAUGGUGUCUUUGUGCUCCUCUCCGAAUGUUACUCGCCGACUUGUACAAGAGAUCAGCUCUGCUACUCCAUUGCGUGCCCUCGCAGACUGGAGCAGGUAUCUCGGCUGAACCUGAAGAUUCAGCCUGGCCUGAAGAAGGAGUCUGAGAAUGUAUCCAACGAGGACGAUGUCGACCAGACCGAUGAGCAGAAACUUUGGAUCAACUCCGUUCCGAAGGAAGUGGCCGACAGCAUCGGCGACAGAGAGAAGAAGAGGCAGGAAGUUAUUUCAGAAAUCUGCUACACAGAGAGAGAUUUCGUCAAGGACUUGGAGUAUCUGCGUGACUUUUGGAUUCUGCCUCUGCGCUCCAAGGCUUCUCCGAUUCCUGCUAACAAGAGGGAUAAAGUUGUCAAGGCGAUUUUCAGCAACAUCGUCGACCAUCCCAGUCUACAUGCUGUGAGCGCGAAAUUCGCCAAAAUGUUGACAGAGCGGCAACAGAAGAACCCUGUUGUCGGCGCUAUUGGCGACAUUUUCCUUGAGUGUGUGCCUCAGUUCGAGCCAUUUAUUUGGUAUGGUUCCAAGCAAUUGGAGGCCAAGUUUGAAUUUGAGAACGAACGAUCCGCCAAUCCCUACUUUGCCAAGUUUGUUGACGAGAUUGAACGACGGAAAGAGUCGCGCAAGCUGGAGCUCAAUGGUUACCUCACCAAGCCAACGACGCGUUUGGCUCGUUAUCCACUUUUGCUGGAAAAUGUGCUCAAGUACACUGAGGACGGUAGUUCCGACAAGGAAGACAUCCCCAAGGUACUCAAGUUGAUUCGCGACCUCUUGACAAGAGUCAACGCCGAGUCAGGAAAGGCCGAGAACAGGUUCAACCUGAGACGACUACAUGAGCAACUACGCUUCCGGCCCAAUGAGAGGGUGGAUCUACGAUUGACGGAGGAAGGUAGAGAGUUGGUGUUCAAGAGUCAGUUGAAGAAGACACCGCAAGACGCGUCUGAGAUCACUGCUUUCUUGUUCGACCACGCGGUUCUUCUGGUGAGGAUCAAGCAGGCUGGCAAGGGCGAGGAGAUCAAGGCAUACAGGAGGCCGAUUCCCUUGGAACUGCUCGCUAUCCGCGAAAUGGAAGAGGUUAUCCCGGGGUCUGGUGCCAUGAAGCGAUCUUCGUCGAGCUUGCUUCCCGCGCUUCGAGCCAACACAAACGACAACAAGAAGAGCGAAGGUUGGCCGAUCACGUUCAGGCACUUGGGCAAAGCCGGGUACGAACUGACGCUUUAUGCGUCUAACCAGGCUGCACGUAAGAAGUGGCUCGAGUUCAUUGACAGCGCCCAGCAACGUUUGAGAGCCCGCGCCGACUUCUUCAACACAAGCGUAAUCUCCACAGGCUUCUUUUUGGGUACAAAUCAAGUCAACUGCGUCACGCCGUACGAUGGUGGUCGCAAGUUGCUGUACGGCACGGACAAUGGCAUCUACCUUUCCGAUCGUAAGAGCAGAGACGCGAUGCCCAAGCGCGUCAUCGAGACGACGAGCGUCACCCAGCUCGAUGUCCUCGAGGAAUACGGUCUCCUCCUGGUGCUGUCCAACAAGGCACUUUAUUCGUACCCACUUGGAGCACUGGAUCCGAAUGAGCCUGCUCUGUCCAAGCGACCCAAGAAAAUCCAGAGUCACUGCAACUUCUUCAAGACAGGUAUCUGCCUUGGCAGACAUCUUGUGUGCUGCGUUAAGUCCUCAGCUCUCUCGACUACAAUAAAGGUGUAUGAACCCAACGACGCCAUGUCGAAGGGCAAGAAGCAAAAGGGCUUCGGCAAGAUGUUUGCUGGACAAGACGAGCUCAAGCCGUUCAAGGAGUUUUAUAUUCCUACGGAAUCAUCGUCCGUACAUUUCCUCAAGACGAAGUUGUGUGUGGCAUGUGCUCGUGGAUUUGAGGUGGUGUCGCUUGAGACUCUUGAGACCCAAUCGCUGCUCGACCAGGCAGAUACGAGUCUCGACUUCGUUGCAAGAAAGGAGAAUGUCAAGCCGAUUCACAUAGAGCGUCUCAACGGCGAGUUUCUACUCAACUACUCUGAAUUCUCGUUCUUCGUCAAUCGUAAUGGAUGGCGCGCAAGACCUGAAUGGCGGAUCGACUGGGAAGGAACACCAGGAAGCUUUGCCCUUAGCUACCCUUGGAUUCUGGCAUUCGAGCAGAACUUCAUCGAGCUCAGGAACAUUGAGAAUGGUGCUGUGCAUAUUGUGCCACACAAGAACAUUCGGAUGCUACAUAGCAGUACGCAUGAGAUCAUCUUUGCGUAUGAAGACGAGAAGGGAGAGGACGUCGUCGAAGCCAUCGAUUUUUGGAAGAGCAACAGAAGAUCCGAAAUCCCUUGA